CACAACAAACAAAAAAAAAAGAAGCCAACGUUCAUCAAUAGAGGCUAGCUAUGCAGAUCACAAGACCACAUGCUGCCAUGUUAGCUAGCCCGGGAAUGGGCCACGUCAUCCCGGUGAUCGAGCUCGGAAAACGCUUAGCUGGAUCCCACGGCUUCCACGUCACCAUCUUCGUCCUUGAAGCCGACGCAGCCUCCGCUCAAUCCCAAUUCCUCAACUCACCUGGCUGUGACGCGACCCUUGUUAACGUCAUAGGCCUCCCGUCUCCGGAUAUCUCCGGUUUAGUUGAUCCAUCAGUCAAUUUCGCGAUCAAGAUCUUGUUCAUGAUGCGUCAAACCAUUCCAACCCUCCGAUCAAAGAUCUCGGAGAUGCAACACAAACCAACGGCUUUGAUCGUGGACUUGUUUGGCUUGGACGCGUUACGGCUCGGUCGUGAGUUCAACAUGUUGACUUAUAUCUUCAUCGCUUCAAACGCACGUUUUCUCUCGGUGGUUAUGUAUUUCCCAACGCUGGAGAAAGACGUCGAAGAAGAGCACAUAAUCAAGAAGAAGCCCUUGGCUAUCCCUGGAUGCGAACCGGUUCGGUUUGAAGAUACAAUUGAAACGUUCCUUGAUCCGACCGACCAGAUAUACCGGGAAUUUGUUCCUUUUGGUUUAGUUUUCCCAACGGCUGAUGGUAUUAUUGUGAACACAUGGGAUGACAUGGAGCCCAAAACUUUGAAAUCUCUUCAAGACCCAAAGCUCUUGGGUCGGAUCGCUCGUGUACCGGUUUAUCCAAUUGGUCCUUUGUCCAGACCGGUUGAUCCAUCCAAAACUAAUCAUCCGGUUUUGGAUUGGUUAAACAAACAACCGAACGAGUCGGUUCUUUACAUUUCAUUCGGAAGCGGCGGCUCUCUCUCGGCUAAACAGCUCACCGAGCUGGCUUGGGGGCUCGAGUUGAGUCAGCAACGGUUCGUUUGGGUGGUUCGACCGCCGGUAGACGGUUCAGCUGACAGCGCGUAUUUUUCGGUUAACAGCGGCAAAAUACAAGACGGUACACCGGAUUAUCUACCGGAAGGGUUUGUUAGCCGGACUCACGAGAGAGGACUUGUGGUCUCUUCUUGGGCCCCGCAGGCCGAGAUCCUGGCCCAUCAAGCCGUUGGUGGGUUUCUGACUCACUGUGGUUGGAACUCGGUUCUUGAAAGCGUCGUUAGCGGUGUUCCGAUGAUCGCUUGGCCGCUUUUCGCGGAGCAGAAGAUGAACGCGACGCUGCUCAUCGAGGAGCUUGGAAUCGCCGUCCGGUGUGGGAAACUUCCGUCGUCGGAGGAAGUGAUUUCGAGGGUGGAGAUUGAUGCGACGGUGAGAAAGAUCAUGGUGGAGGAGGAAGGUUGCGAGAUGAGAGAGAGGGUUAAGAAGCUUAGGGAUACGGCGGAGACGUCACUGAGUUGUGAUGGUGGAUCGGGUCACGAAUCGUUGUCGAGAGUGGCAAACCAGUGCGACUGUCUUUUGGAGCGUUCCAGAGGAAUGGCUCGUGGUGCCUAGGAAUGAUUUUACCGUUUUGAAAAAUUACGUUUGAACUGCGUGCCGUUUUACUGUUUUUGAAAUAUUGUUUUUUUUUUUUUCGUUUCCGAGUCUUGCGCUUGCCACAUGGUAUCACGUUUUAUUGUUUCAGCGCCACUUGCAAUCUGCCAAUCACUAAUGUAUCUACAUUGUAUAAAUAAAUAAAUGGUGUUUAGUUUGUAUAAUAAUGUGUUUUUUUAUAAUCUAGAAGUCUU